UGUGUAAAUGGGGGUGUGAGUGAAGUUUAAGGCGGAAGUUGAACUUGCACUAUUUCACGUCUGUCUGUCGUUCGUUCUCAUUCAUGCGUUUGGGUGCUCAAAUCCCCGCGUGCACAACAGCCGGCGUUCUCUCGACACGUUUCUGAAGUUGUUGUGGUGUAAAUAAAUCAGAUUGAGACAGAUGAGCUCUUUUUACGGCGAUAAGGCUGCGAUAGGGCUGGCUGAGGAGCUCAGUCAGGUGAACUGUCAGGAUGAGCUGGAGUUUGACUAUCUUUUUGAGUAUGGAACCACCACGGGACUUCAAGAUGAGCAAAGCAUCUCCUCCGACAAAGAUCUCAUCUCUCCUGCCAGCCUGUCCUAUCCUCUGGUGGAAGCUUCACAGUACGGCAUCAAGCCGUGUGCGUCUUCCUACGCAGAGGUCAACACUGAAGGUCUCUCUGGCUACGAGCAACUGGAGGCAAAGAACUACCUGGAGUACGCCAGACCCAACCAGGCACUGAGCCCCCGGAUUGAGAUUACUCCCUCCCGCGAGCACUAUAGUCAUGGUCGAGACUCCCUCCAGAACCAUCUCGUGAACCCCAGUCCCGGGCUCACCGUUCCCGGUCACGAUCCUCUGGCCUACCGGGAGCCGCAGUGCCUGAGUCCCGCCAGCAGCAACUCAUCCACCUCCUGGCACUCGGAAAACCUCUCGCCCUGGGCCUCGCCCUGCGUUUCGCCCAGCAACAGCCAGGCGACUGGAGAUCUCUGCCCACGACUUCAGGGCGUCCACACGGGCUCCCCUCGAACCAGUCCGGGCACUUCUCCACGAACCAGCCUGGCCGAGGACGGCUGUGUUGGGCCGCGCUCUCCUUCCCCCCGGCCCGGCUCGCGUUCCACCUCCCCUCUAUGCAAACGCACCUACGAGAUGUACAGGAACCCCAACCUGGUGCCGGUGGCCCGAUCACGCAGCCCGUCACCCCACGGUGGCCAUGAAGAGCAUCACGCCGGCCAUUAUGGCUCAAAUAACCUCUCAGGGUCCAUGAAUGGGUUCGGCGUUGGCCAGGCUACUUCCAUUCCAACCAAGAUCGUGAAGACUAACCAGCAGGCCUACCCGCUCUACCCUGACAACCACACUGAGAGUUACCUGGUGUCAUGUGACCAGGACAUGAAGACCAAACCUGGCCCUGAAUCUUUCUUCGUAAUCCCUCAAAUCUGGCCUAAACAGCUGGUGCCUGGCAUAUGCAGCAUCCCCGUGGCUUCCGUGCCCCCCCUGGAGUGGCCCCUACCGAGCCGCAGCGAUCAGUACGAGCUCCACGUGGAGGUGCAGCCCAAACCCCACCACAGAGCCCACUACGAGACCGAGGGCAGCCGAGGGGCGGUCAAAGCCCCUACUGGAGGUCACACUGUGGUCCAGUUACGUGGAUACAGGGGCAAGGAGCCGCUUGGUUUGCAGAUCUUUAUUGGCACGGCAGACGAGCGAAUCCUGAAGCCUCACGCUUUCUAUCAGGUCCAUCGCAUUACCGGCAAAACCGUCACCACCACCAGCUACGAGAAGAUCAUCAACGGCACCAAAGUCUUGGAAAUUCCUCUUGAGCCAAAGAAUAAUAUGAAAGCAAUAAUUGAUUGUGCCGGGAUUCUCAAGCUGCGGAAUGCAGACAUCGAGCUGCGGAAAGGCGAGACGGACAUUGGGCGUAAAAACACGCGUGUUCGACUGGUAUUUCGUAUUCAUAUUCCCCAGCAAGGAGGUCAACAUUUGUCUCUGCAAGUUGCUUCGCAUCCCAUUGAAUGCUCCCAGAGGUCUGCCCACGAGCUGCCCAUGGUAGAGAAGCAGGACAUGGAUGGUUGUUCGGUUCUUGGAGGCCAGCAAAUGAUUCUCACCGGCCAGAACUUCAGCGCAGAUUCAAAGGUGAUCUUCAUGGAGAAGACUCAUGAUGGACAGCAGAUUUGGGAAUUGGAAGCCACAGUUGACAAAGACAAAAGUCAGGCAAGCAUGCUGUUCAUUGAGGUGCCUCCAUAUAGAGACCCAUCCAUUUGCCAUCCAGCCAAAGUCAACUUCUACGUAAUAAAUGGGAAACGGAAGCGCAGUCAGCCUCAGCAUUUCACCUACACACCUCUACCAGUUCCGUCUAUUAAGACAGAGCCGGUGGAUGAAUAUGAAUCUGGUCGGAUGCGUUAUUCCAUGUCGCAAAUGCUGGGGGUGUCUCCCCAGCCGUACUAUAACCCUCGGGGGGUCAUCACCCCAGACAGUGGCCUGGUGCCUGGCCUCGUCCCCUGUCAGCAGACCCGCCUGGGUGUCUCCCCUCCAGACCACCGAUUUCAGCAGCAGAGCCAAGCCAUACUGUACGCCCGUCCUGGGAAAAGCAUGUCAAGCAGUCCUAUUUACUCUCAGACGGGAGCCACUAUGAUGCCAGACUCCCAUCGUUCAGUUCUGGUCCACACGGGUUCCCCAGCCCAGUCCCCUCACCUGGGUGGCCAACAUCCCUCCAACCAGCAUCCCUCAAUUAUACAGUUCUCACCCACCAACCACCACCUGCUCAGAGGAGGAGAUCCCCCUGCGCCACCACCCCCAGAACAUCAGCACAUCAUUUAUUGUGAGGGCUAUAACCAGCAUAGUCCCCAAGCUACAGGGGCAAACCGUUCACCAGCACCAGCCCAGGCACCCCAGCACCCUCAGAAUUACCCCACUGUCAUCCAACAGCAGCCCUUCCUCCAAAGAGUGGCCAAAGACAGGUCACCUCCUGUCCAAGUAGAGGCCCAGAGAUGUUCCUCCGCAGAAGAACCGAGAACCAGUGUUCCUGGACGAGUCACGGUCAAGCAGGAGAACUUGGAUCAGGCCUACCUUGAUGAUGUGAAUGAGAUCAUAAGGAAAGAUCUGACAGGAGUGCAUGGCAGAGGUCAGACAUAGAGGAAAGCCCUGAUCGGGAAGCGAGCAGGACCCCUGGAGUGUAUCGGCGUUCCCCUGCCUUCAGCGGGACACGUGAGAGCAGCAGCGAUGCCUCGGCCCGGUCAAGUGUCACCUCUGACAAAAAACUGGAUCAUGGACCGCAUUUAACCAAACAUCCAUCUCAGUCAACCCCUGGAACAGCAGUGUGUUGAUGUGCAAAUGGUAUUGAAUUUCCCUGCUAUUAUUUGACUUUCGAAAGUCGUCCAAUAUUGAUCUCAUAUGUCAAAGUUGUCAGAGACUUGAGCCUUCAUACACAGUUUGGAUUG